CUGCACUUUUCAAAUCCGUGAGAACUGUUACGGAGGAAGUUCAUGGUUAUCUGAGUGGAUGAAAACAAACAAACACGUUUAAACGGUCCGUAUAAGUUAAUAGAGGAAAGUGCACCAGUGGAAGUCUUUAAGUUUGUGUAAUUACCACAGAGACCUGAUGGGAAAGUGACUAUAGGGUUGUUGUUUGUUUUUUUUUACCUCAGUGGACGCUGUUUCGAGCUUGUUUUAUAUUCAGGAAGUUUAUUUUUCCUGUAAAUUUUUUUUCUGUCCGAAAGAAGAGAUGCAAAAUGUUGUGUAUCGGCACUUGAACGAGGAAGAGACACCGUUAAAAGUCCCCGCACUCGACCUGAGAUAGUUCAGUUUGUGUUAGCAUUAGCUUCACUCUCGGCUGCAGGCAGGCUGAUGGCCCGGAGGCGGUUGGACGCUCGCGGCGGGCUGCUGGCGGACAUCCAGACCGCGAUACUGACUGAACCGCUGGACUCUGUGUUCCACAUCACCGGUGAACUCGGCAGGGGGAAGUUUGCAGUGGUGAAAAAGUGCGUGGAGAAUGCGACAGGAAAAGAGUUUGCGGCAAAGUUCGUGAGGAAGCGGCGGCGAGGCCGUGACUGCAGGGCCGAGGUGAUCCAUGAGCUGGCAGUGCUGGAGGCUUCCCGGUGCAACCCUCGCAUAAUCAACCUGCACGCAGCCUACGAGAACGAGCACGACAUCAUCCUGCUGCUAGAAUAUGCGGCAGGCGGUGAGAUAUUUGACCACUGCGUGUCUGACGAGCUGCUUUCUGAAAGUCAGAUUGUUCGAUUAAUCAGACAGAUUCUUGAAGGCAUCAAUCUUCUGCAUCAGAGCAACAUCGUCCACCUCGACUUGAAGCCUCAGAACAUCCUGCUUACCAGCCUGACUCCUCUGGGGGACAUAAAGAUUGUGGACUUUGGGCUGGCGCGUCGCCUCGGCUCCGUAGGAGAGCUGCGAGAGAUCGUGGGGACGCCCGAGUACGUAGCUCCAGAAAUCCUGAACUACGAGCCCAUCAUGACGGCCACAGACCUCUGGAGCGUCGGCGUGAUCACGUACAUGCUCAUCACGGGAGAGUCUCCAUUCGCUGGCGAGGACAAGCAGCAGACCUUCCUGAACGUCUCCCAGGUGAACGUGGACUACAGCAAAGAGGCGUUCUCUCGCGUGUCCGAGCUCGCCGUCCAUUUCAUCCGAAAACUGCUCGUCAAAGCACCAGAAGAUCGUCCGAGCGCUGCUGAGUGUCUGAGUCACCCGUGGCUGUGGCCGCAGUACCCAGGGGCCGAACUCUCUCUUCCUUCAGCAGCGCCACGGUUCCCCCGAGAGCGCAGCGGCGGUUCGAAGUGGGCGUCGGCUCCCGAGGACCCUGAGGACAAAGAGAACAUUCUGGAUUCACCGCAGUCCAAGAGGUUCCGCUUUGUGGACGACGCACACGUGGCGAGGGACAGCAGCAGCUGAACACAUGUCCAGAUUACAGCAGCAGCUGUUCCGUCCAGAUUACUUCUGGGACCACACCAAAGAUGAUCUGCUAAAGCUAGAGAAAAUUCCUGCUGCACCAUAACACGUAAUAUUGAUAUCACUGGCUUCUUUUUCAUUCAUCUCAAAUAUUUGUGCAGCUCUUUUUUCCUCUUGUAUGUGGUUUUAUUAUGUGUUUGUUUUAAUUUGUUCCAUUAUAUCUAUGUUUUUUGUUCUUGGAAUAUUUAUUUGACACCAAGUUUAAAUAAGAUGCGUUAUUUUAACGUAGGAUAAUUAGACCACAAGGCCAUCGGUUCCUCUAAACCAGCAAUGUUUUAAUAGUAGGGAUGUUGGGUUUUUUUUUAUUUUUGUGAUCACUUUUCUGGUGCUCCAAAUCACAAAAUGCUGGACUUCAGGGGAGACUAGAACAAGCUUAUUAUCAAUAAACAGGGCAUUGGAUUGUGGGGCUCAUUAGUAUUUAGUAAAUGUUAAAGAUUAAUUAUGAUAUUAUUCCUCUGUUGUAUGUGUGUUGCCCUGUUCCAGCACAUUGUUCAACUUAGUCACACACCGCACCCUGAAUUACUCAGAUUUGUGUUGGUUUGUUGUGCGUUUUUUUUUUUUUUUUUUUUUUGGGUAAUAUGCACUUCCCCUUAGUGACAGAUUUGGAAUUCUGCCAUAAAGUACUUAACCCAUUGACGUCUGUAAGCCUUGGUGAAAUAUGACGGGAAGGGAAAAACCUCUCUCUCUGUGUGUGUGUGUAUAUAUGUGUAUGUAUGUGUAUAUAUAUAUAUAUAUAUAUAUAUAUAUAUAUAUAUAUAUAUAUAUAUAUACACACACAUACUUACUAAAAAAAAUUAGUCUGAGUUUGUUGUAAACAAAGAUAUUUUUGUUGCUCUUGUAGAAAGUAGUUGCUUUUUUUUCCUGAGCAAAUGAAGGCAGGAAGGAAUCAGACAGCUGUAUGAACAGCUUGUGUUUAAUUUCCAGCAGGUUUUGUAAUCUAUGCACUCGUUUGGAUUAAAUCAGUCUCUUUUAACUUGUCAGACCAGAUUAUCUAGUAUUUUCUGCUGGGGAAAAAAAAAUUGUGUAGUCAUUCAGUGCCUUUUUUUUUCUCUCAGGGUUAGCUUCACAUUUUUUUUUUUUUUUUUUUUAAAUGUCUGUAUGGAUUUUUUUUUUUUGAUGAUUGGUCAGAUUAUUUGUUCACUAUGCACGAUGAUUCUUUACUCUAAACCGGAUCGAGUGUAACUUCUUAAUCAAAACCAUUGAUUUGAUUUAAUCGUCUCUCAGCAAAGAGUCUCGUGUUGGUCCUGAACAUGUGGGAUGUUGAUUUAUAUUUCUGACCUGUUGCUAGUUGCAGAUGAAGUGAUAUUAUGAUGUUAGACUGAGAGAUGGUGCUUGUUGUAGAGAAUUCUCAGACGAUGCCUGAGACGAAUUCGAGCUGGUGUUUGGUUGAUACAGUGUUAAUACUAACAGACAGUAUUGGCUGCUGUGAGGAACGUUAUAAGUGAAGUUUAAGUAAGUAAGAAUGUUAGAAGCAUCUCGUCUUAUUAUGCUGAUGUAAGAACUGGAAAUGUUGGUAUUUUUGGUCCUCGGAUGUUCUCGAUGUUAUGUUGCUUUUGUUGGUUUAAGGCGGUUGAAGGAAUGUGUUAUCGUGUUUGCUUUCAGGUUACGAAGGAGAUCUCGCCAACUCGCCCUCAAAAAAUAAACAGAAAACUUUAAGAUAACUGUAAACACAUCUGAUCUUGAGUUCUGAUCACGAAUCCUGGAGAUCCUAAACUUUUUAUAUACACUCAUCUGCCUGCACUACGAACCCAGUAGAGUUUCUCAUUAUCACACACCUCAGGGACGUCACGCGCCAAGCUGGCAGAGCUGCUAGAGCAUUUCUUCUAUUUAUUUUAUUAUUAUUAAUAUAUAUUUUUUUUAGAAAUGUACAUCUCACGUCACAGAUAGUUCUAGUGAUAUGAAUACUAAUCGGGAGUGUUGUAGUUAACCAGAAUAGAUUUAGGAAGCUCUUCGUAAAGACGCCGGUGUGUGUAAUCAGUCUUCAGGAUCAGUAGAAUUUUAACACAGCUACGCAGUGACGACGGAGCCGAGAACGGAUCUGCGGGAGAGAUUUUGGUUUGUGAUGUGAUGUUAAAGUGCCAUGACUGAACUGAAAUUCUGUGGGUUUCAAAUAAAAUUAAUCACAUCCCUU